AUGGCACCAAACGGCCUUGUUAGUGCAGCCAUGAAUAGUCAGGACACGACUAAUGUAGCAAAUAAUAUUCAGAACAACGCUAAUGCCAUUAUGAAUAAUGCCAACACUAACGCUGCUGGAGUGAUGGGUGCCAAUGGCAUGAUGUCACCCAAUAUGAAUGUAGCCAAUGUAUCAAUGGGAGCCAUGGCAAAUCCUAUGCAAGCUUCUAUGCCACUGACUCCAGCGCAACAGCGGAGCCAACAAGAUGCCUUGAGGGCCAUCUUAGUCAACUUCCAGAGAAGUCAGCAGUUGGCUGCAGGCAGAGGAAACGGAGGCCUUAACCCGAAUAUUGCUCUUAAUACUCUUGCAAGCCAUCUUGCUCAGAUCGGAAUGUUUGGUCCACAGCAGCCUACGCCUCAAUUGUUACAGAUCUUGAAUGCGGCAGGAAUUUCGUUGAAUCAAUUUAAUAAUGUGAAAAUUCACUAUCAAGGAAGUAUCACUGGUUCACCAAAGCCUGGAGCCAUGCAGACACCGCAGUUCACAUCGCCUGUUCAGGCACCAGCAAGUUUGAAUACUGGGGCCACUCCAGCAUCUGGUGGUAUGUCGGAAGCACCCAUUGCUUCGCCAGUGGUUGGUGCUCAUGUAUUAUCAGGUCAAGGGGCAUUGUCGGCUGCAGGUGGUGGCGUUAACCCCACGUCUAUGGCAAAUGCUACUCCUGGGUCAGGAACCCCGGUUCUAGCAGCUGGAACUGUUACAGCCGCGGGAACAAAUAUGGGAGGAGUCAACAGUACCACUAAUGUCAGCAAUGCUAUUGUCAACCCCAAUAGCCCUGCCAAUCUUGCCACUAAUCCUAACAAUAACAAUGUCACAGCCAAUCCAGCUGCUCUUUCUGCCGCCAACAUGCCUCAUGCCCAACAGGUAGCUGUUCAACAAGUGAUGACGAUGCAACAGCAACUUCUUCAACUUCAUAAUCAGCAAGCUUUGCACAUGCAGAACUACCAACAACAAGUACAGCAAAUUAGGCAGGCUAUGCAAAAUCCCCCACCAGAAUUGACCCAAGAGAUAAUCCAAAAGCGGCAACAGGCUCUGGUUAGUCAGCACAACCAACAGAUGGUGUUUUUGCGGCAGCAACAGACACUUCUCCAGACUAAACAGCAACAGACGAUAGAGGCUUUGAAGGCGGCGGGAGUCACAACUGAGAUGAUGAAAGAGCUUAUGACUAGAUCCACUGUCAUUCGAAAUCAACAAGCUGCCCAACAAGCUGCCCAACAAGCUGCCCAACAAGCUGCUCAACAGGCUGCCCAACAGGCUGCCCAACAAGCUACUCAACUGGCCGCAGGGCUGAAUACGAGCCGCGCUAAUAAUGCCAACGCCAUAAUAGCCAGCACAGCUGGUACCGCUGUUAAUGCGAGUACUACUAAUCCUGUAGUAGCUGCGACUGCAGGCACAAAUCCAAACUUGACAAUGGCUAAUUUGAACACAGCAGCCUUACUCGGCGCUAAUUCAGCAGCGAUGAACCUGAAUUUGUCUGCAGCAAAUGGAGGUCUCAAUAAUAACUUGGCUGGUAUAAACCUGGGUCUUGGUCGAGGACGAGGCAUGAUGCUUCCUAAUAACGGAGGCAUUGCUGGGGUCAAUGUUGCGGCUGGACUGGGCCGUGGAGGUCUGAUGGCAGGGGUUGCAGGUAUGUCUGCUGCUGGUCGUGGAAACCCUUUACAAGCAGCAAUAUCCCAAGGAUUGAAUCCCACAGCUACGGUAGGAGGAGGAUUGAUGGGCGGGCAAUUGAACGCUGGAGCAACAGGAAUUGCUACAUCAGCUGGAAGUGUACCUGGAGUCUCGAUUAAUGCAUCAGGAGUUGGUAUGACGCCGGCGGUGGCAGGUAUAAACUCUGCAGUAUCGGGGAUCACUCCCAACCUCGCCUCAGACUGGCCAACAGGUGUAUAUCUUGCCCAAUGGACGCUCAAUUACCCCACUGCAACUCCAACAGAUUAA